UACAUAACAUUGGAACCGCAUGUUCGGUUUUGGAUUUUGUUUGUUUGGACGGCGUUUGGGAGGCGUUUUUGGUUAGUUCUCUGAAGAUGGCUACUGUUCUUCCAAAGUUUUCUGAUUUGUAUAGUUUGAAAGAAGAAGUAGGGCGUGGAGCAUUCUCAAUAGUUCGAAAAUGCAUUCAGCUCUCAACAGGUCUAGAAUUUGCCGCUAAGAUCAUAAAUACGAAACGCCUGUCAACCAGAGACAUGCAGAAGUUGGAACGCGAGGCCAGAAUAUGCAGGCUUCUGAAGCACCCUAACAUAGUUCGCCUAUACGAUGACAUUCAGGACGAAGGGUUUCACUAUCUCGUAUUUGAUUUAGUUACUGGUGGUGAACUCUUCGAGGACAUUGUUGCUCGGGAAUUCUACAGUGAAGCGGAUGCUAGUAACUGUAUGCAGCAAAUUAUUGAAAGUGUGAAUUACUGUCAUCAGAAUAAUAUUGUACAUCGAGAUUUAAAGCCAGAAAAUUUGUUACUUGCUAGUAAAUCCAAAGGGGCUGCAGUGAAACUAGCGGAUUUCGGUCUGGCGAUAGAAGUUCAGGGUGAUCAACCAGCUUGGUUUGGUUUUGCCGGCACACCUGGUUAUCUUUCUCCAGAGGUGUUGCGUAAAGAACCAUAUGGUAAGGCGGUAGACGUCUGGGCUUGUGGCGUUAUUCUUUACAUCCUUCUUGUUGGAUAUCCACCAUUCUGGGAUGAAGAUCAAAAUCGAUUGUACAGUCAAAUCAAAUCGGGAGCAUAUGAUUAUCCUUCACCAGAAUGGGAUACAGUUACCCCUGAAGCUAAGAAUUUAAUCAACCUAAUGCUAACUGUCAGUCCUGCGAGGCGAAUCACAGCUGCAGAAGCCCUCAAGCACCCAUGGAUUUGUGUACGUUAUGAAACCAGAUGUUUAGCAGAAUUUAAAUCGUUUAUUUUUGUAUUUCGCUCUUCUUUAGUCUUAAGACCUUGAUAUAUUGUGACAAGGGCAGUAAAUCAGCUCAUUGUAAUCGAUAGUUUUCAACGGUACCCGCGUACUACUAUCUUAGCUUGUAAUCAUUCAGCAAGAUUCACUGCUUAUUUGUAUUUAAUAUCAUAGUGACUAUGACGUUAUAUGUCACAUAUAGACAACUGUUUAUUUAUGUACAUUCACCAUGAGGGACUUACACACCAUAAAAUAUUAAAUAAAAAUGCUAAAAACGUUUAUGUUUAAUUUUCAUCGUUCACACAAGACCUUCAUGAAACUUAUUUGGGUAACUUUCUUCCUACUUCUGAAAAUUUUCUGAGUUCAUACAUUUCAGUAGCUAUUUGAGUGUAGAUCCAAUAGUACUAACCGUUAGUAUGUAUGUUUCGAAAGCUAAAAUCAUACUUGAAUAAACAUCUCUUGAUAUAUCAUUACUAUCCAAAAGUUAUCCGCUAAUACCUUUCCCGUAUAUCCUAUUUCACACACUUUCAUCACUAUUCCCAUCUUUUAUUAUUUAUUUACUUGAACACAAAUAUUGAUACGAAGGGGUACCGAAUAAAUAUGCGCCACACAUGUCACUUGAUUUGUGUGUGGGCUA